AAUCCAGCGCUCUCCUGGGUUUCUCGUGUUCUCCCUGACGAAACGCACUCUGUUCAUGGACCUCGACCAGUUCGUAACCAUUUCCUCAAGGGCAUUCUUUCCGGAGAUGCCCUCACUGCCUUCCAUUUGACGUUGACACCGGAUUUCAAAUCUUUGUCACCGACCGGUAUUCAUAGCAUAUAUUCGCUCAUUGAUUUUGAUCAUGCACUCUCUCAGUUCAUCAGAUGUUUUUCUCUCUCCACCGGUGAGCAUACCCGCUGGGACCACAGAUACGGGCGCUUUAGCGCGUGGAAAAAAUUUCGACUGCAACUUCAUUCUGCCUUCCAGCCACAGCUGAUCAUGCCAAGCAGAGUGGUACAGGCAUAUCCACCUGGUGAAAGUUUCCCCCUCGGAAACUGCGAUAAUGUUCUCGUUGACAUCACAGGCGACGAUGGCCAAAUCACAAGUCGUGUUGCACAAGUUCGACUUGUUUUUCAGCCGAAUCUUCCGCGUGCUUCUAACCUGGUCUUGCCAUCAUAUCUAUCCUGCCCGCUCCUCUACAUUCAGUAUUAUCACUUUGUUGCCAGUCCUAAUGACCACCCUGAACUCGCGAUGUGGACAGUAGAGCGUUCAUAUGUGGAAGACCAACAUGGUAAACACAGAUGUGGUGGUGUGGUUCCAUUGACAAGCGUAACGCACGCUGUUGAGUUAAUCCCAGAAUAUGGUGAAAAGGCAGAUGAAAAGAUUUCUUCGGCCAUUUGUUUGGAGAGCUAUGACCGUUUUUUUCUGAACAAUUUCGCAGAUAAGGAGAGUUAU